CGCAUCCGUGACAGCUAUAAAAGAAGGUCGACUUGUUCGUUCGGGUCAAACAACAUCAGACAGAUUGAAUCACCAGCCAAAGCAAGCCAGAAUCAGCUCCGUUCAGCCGCAAGACUUUCAUCAUGACUUUUAAAGUGUGUGUUAAUUUAGUGGGCCUGGCCUCUUUGUUAGUGCUUGCCACCUUAUUCUCGCGAAUCUCCGAGGAAAUUCACCGAGGUAAAUUGCUGACGACUGCCUUGGGACUGCUACACUUGUACACCUUUGCGACCUGGCUUGGAAUGCAGUUCUGGGUCACUUUUGUUGCCGGUUACAAAAUGUACUUCACCCUGACCAGACACAACUUCGGUCACUUGCAGAGUCAGCUCUUCCCAGUCUACUUUACCGUGGGGUCAUGUUUAUCCGCCGUCGCCUUAGCAACGUACUACCUCAUGCAUCCCGUUCAGAUGUGGAAAGAAAACGAAAAUAUUCAGAUUUCCGGCCUCGCUGUAUCAAUGUUGGCCACAUUAAUAAACAAGCUGUUUCUGGAACCAAAAACGACUGCCUUGAUGAUAAAACGAUACAGUUACGAAAAGGAACACGGAUACGGUGACGAUGUUGGGCCCAUCAAGGACGAAGCCUUUAAAAAGGACGAAACGUACGUGAGGAUGACCCACGAGUUCUGCAUGGUACAUGGGUUCACAUCAAUGGCAAACAUUCUCUCCUACACUGGGUGCAUUCUUCAUUUGUGGUAUCUGACUAGAAGUCAAGUGUUGGUUAUCUAAUAAGUCUUUUAUUUGGGUCGCGUGGCAACACAGUCAUCGUAUUUUCUCGGCAAUCUGCUACAGUUGUCGUUUUUGUGUAUUUGAAUCCAGAGGAAUUUUUACCUACUGACAGCAGCGAACUGUUUCGUCAAGGUUUUCAACAGUAUUUAUAUAUUUUGUCGGCCUCUGAUGUCGAUUUAUUUGAAUAUUGUAAUGCGCUUUUGAUCACUAUAUGUUAAAAAGCGCAAUAUAAAUUAAUAAAUUAUUAUUAUUAAUUAUUAAGAAUUCUGCUGACAGACAAGCAUUGCCUUCAAAUUAUAUUUGGGUACAUAUACAGAUAGGUUAUAAAGAGCGUAUUAUUUAAUAGUAUGUUAACGUUAAUAACCCACCGGAGGAUAUUGAUCCGUCAAAUUAUUUUUCAUCUUGUUUGGUUGUUAUUUUAGUACACUCGCCUUGCUGGAGUAGAAACUUGAUAUACAACGGGUUGGCAGCUUUCAUUUCCCUUGAUAGUUUUUUUAAUUUUUUUUUUUUUUUUGCAAUUUUGACUGACGAAAGUCCUUUGGCUGUGUUGUUGAAUUCAAGCCGGGAAGCUUACAAUAGAAUUAUUGCCUACGAUAUUUAAUUUAGAAAAUUUAUAAGGUAUGCGAUAUUUAACUAAUUUAAUGCUUUGUCGAGCUUCAACAUGUCCAAUGUUCCGAUUUAUUUUAUGGUCAACGAGACAAAAUAAACUUAUAAAAUCACAUUGACUUUGUAAUACUAAAACAAAAAGCAGAAAUACGAAUGUCAAUAAAAUUAGCAACUGGUUCAUUUA